UCCGUGCUCAGAUCUGAAUUCAGUGCAGGCAGGGGACCUCGCGGGAGGGCCGAUGACGGCGUACGAGGGGCAUCUCUUUUUCUUUUUGGUCGAUUCCGUUUCAUCGCCUGAUUCAAACUUCUGGAAAAAGACUUAACCUUUGACUCUUUAGAUCUGCAAUGUUAUUUUGUAUUUCUAAGGCUUACCAUAUUGAAUACAUCAUCAAUCACCAACAUCUAGGUAGCGUGUGCGUAGAUUACAUAGUUUACACGACUGGCCGGAACUUCCAUUUUUUAUUUUAUUUUCUGUGACGGCGAUUUACAAAGAUCCCUGUCUGAGUCACCACAUCAGGCCCGCCACCGUCACGCCUUCUUCCAUUGUAGCUAACAACUUGAAGGCAAUUAAUUCCAUUGAACUUCCUCCUCCCUCCGCAUCCUCUCCGAGCCAUAUCAAACCACCGUAACCAUGUCUACCUUUGGCCACUAUUUCCGUGUCACGACCUAUGGCGAGUCGCACUGCAAGUCGGUCGGCUGCAUUGUCGAUGGCGUCCCUCCCGGCAUGGAGCUCACCGAGGACGAUAUCCAGCCUCAGAUGACCCGCAGACGUCCCGGACAGAGCGCCAUCACCACCCCGAGAAACGAGAAGGACAGAGUCAUCAUCCAGUCCGGCACUGAGUUCGGCGUCACUCUUGGAACGCCAAUUGGCAUGCUGGUCAUGAACGAGGACCAGCGCCCCAAGGACUACGGUAACAAGACUAUGGACAUCUACCCCCGCCCUUCCCACGCCGACUGGACCUACCUCGAGAAAUAUGGCGUCAAGGCCUCCUCGGGUGGCGGCCGCUCCUCCGCCCGUGAGACCAUCGGCCGUGUCGCUGCUGGUGCCAUCGCCGAGAAGUAUCUCAAGCUCGCCUACGGUGUCGAGAUUGUCGCCUUCGUCUCCUCGGUCGGUUCCGAGCACCUCUUCCCUCCCACGGCCGAACACCCCAGCCCGAGCACCAACCCCGAGUUUCUCAAGCUCGUCAACUCCAUCACCCGCGAGACCGUCGACAGCUUCCUGCCCGUCCGUUGCCCCGAUGCCGAGGCCAACAAGCGCAUGGAGGAUUUGAUCACCAAGUUCAGGGACAACCACGACAGUAUCGGCGGCACCGUCACCUGCGUCAUUCGCAACGUCCCCAGCGGCUUGGGCGAGCCUGCUUUUGACAAGCUUGAGGCCAUGCUGGCGCACGCCAUGCUCAGCAUUCCUGCGACCAAGGGCUUCGAGGUCGGUUCCGGUUUCGGAGGCUGCGAGGUUCCCGGCUCGAUUCACAACGACCCCUUCGUCUCUGCCGAGAACACCGAGAUCCCCCCUAGCGUGGCCGCCAGCGGCGCUGCUCGCAAUGGCAUCCCCCGCCCCAAGCUGACCACCAAGACCAACUUCUCUGGUGGUAUCCAGGGUGGUAUCAGCAACGGUGCGCCCAUCUACUUCAGAGUCGGCUUCAAGCCUGCUGCCACCAUCGGCCAGGAGCAGACUACUGCCACGUACGAUGGUACUUCGGAGGGUGUUCUCGCCGCCAAGGGUAGACACGACCCCAGCGUGGUGCCUCGUGCCGUGCCUAUUGUCGAGGCCAUGGCGGCUUUGGUGAUCAUGGAUGCUGUUUUGGCGCAGCAGGCCAGGCACACUGCCAAGAGCUUGCUUCCUCCCCUCAAGCAGACCAUCAACUCCGGAAAGGACACCGUAGGAAACGGUGUUUCUGAAAACGUUCAGGAGUCGGACCUUACGCAAUAGGCGGAUUUACGAUUGUAGGAAAGGGAAAAUGUGAUUAAUGUUAAAAGUUGUUUAAAGGGAUUUGUCUUUUUGUGAUACCGGUAGCUAGACUCUGUUGGGCGUGUUUCUUGUUUCUUUGUACAUGAUUGAAGGUCUAGAAUAAAAAUGCGUUCUUGUUCAUCGAUACACCCAUCUCAACCCCCACUAUUGAACUCGGUUUAAUCUGGAUAGACAACUGCCAUUCUAGACCCUUUUC